CUCCCCUCCUCCUCCCGGGCCUCCUGCCACCACCAAAGCUGCUGUGUUCCCUCCCCAGCUUCACAGUUGGUGAAGACCAAGUGUGGCCUCAGCAAAUCCUGCCAAGACAACUUCUUUGCGUUUAAAAUUGUCAGUGGGGCCGCCAACGUCGUGGGCCCCACCAUGUGCUUUGAGGACCAAAUGAUCAUGAGUCCUGUGAAAAACAAUGUGGGCAGAGGCCUGAACAUCGUCCUGGUGGACGGAACCACGGGAGUGGUGCUGACGCAGAAAUGUUUCGACAUGUACUCUGGAGAUGCUAGCCUCCUGGCAAAAUUCCUUAAAGAAAUUUCGGAGCAGAUGCUGGUGUUGGUGGCCUCCUACGAUGACCCAGGGACCAAGAUGAACAAAGAAAUCAGGGAGCUCUUCUCCAACUUGGGCAGCACCCACGCGAUGCAACUGGGCUUCCGGGACAGCUGGGUCUUCUUAGGGGCCCAAAACUUCAAGAGUAAAAGCCCCUUUGAGCAGUUCUUAAAGAACAACCCAGAAACAAACAAAUACGACGGCUGGCCAGAGCUGCUGGAGCUGGAGGGCUGUGUGCCCCGGAAGAUAUAGGGUGGCUGCGGCCCUUCCUGGGCUGGGGCCCGAGGCUGCUCCUGCCUGACCUAGGAAUCGGAGCCCAGGAUCACUGCGAGUCGGACGGGCAGGAGCUGACAGACAGCAGAGAAGUGGGAGCAGCCAUGGGACGUGGAAAGUGCUGCGGGCCCCCCAGUACUCUGCGGGCUCCCUCUGCUGGAAACAAAACCUUCCUUGGGUAGACGCAUCCUCUCCGGAGUUGGCCAGCGUCCACUGGUCCUUCCGGAGCCUCUGUCUGUGGAGAGAACAGGUGUGCUUUCCCUAGGGGACCGCUGACUGUCGCUCCCGGGGGAAGGACAGGACAGACUGCCUGCACCUGAGCACAAUUAAACUUUAUUUUUGGUGAUUUCAAACCAAAUUUCCCACCCCUUUGCUGUGCAAUGCUUCCCCGGGGGUGGGAAUGGUCCAGACAGGGUUUGCUCAGCCCCGUGUUCCCACAGGUCAGCAAUGGUGUCAAGCCCCUGGUUAGGCAGCUGGAAAGGAGGUUGGUUUUAUAGGGAUCUCAUUUAGAUAUGAAAGCACUGUUGGUUCCCAACAUGAGGUGUAAGACCCACAGGAGCAGAGAGGGCCGGAGGGCCAGACACGGCGGACACGGUCUUCCACUGCUAUUUGAAUGAGAGCUGCAGAAAAUCUAGAGCUGGUGAGGGGGAGGACGCGGGGAGAUCUGAGAAAGGCUGGAAGGAACAGCCAGACUGGAAGGCUUCGGGGAAGACAUCCUGGCUGUCUCCGUGUGGGGAUUCUGAGCACAGGUUGUUUAUCUGGGAAGGGACUCUGGAAAACACCCAUAAUGGGCAGGGAAGUAAGACAGGGAAGAGAAGGCAGCCCAGCAGGGGUGUGUUGUCGACUCAGCUGCCACUGUGGGUGGUGAAACUUAGUCCCAAGGGAACCCCUAGGAAUUGGCGUCCAACACGCACCUCAGAGCUCUCAGGAGAGGCGAGGGAGCUGGGGUCCUUACACAGCGGCUCCCGUGGGCUGCCGGUGUUGUCAAAGUCCUGGGCGCA